GUGAGUUGAAGACCGAUAUGUGACCCGUUGGCCUAAAUCAUUACUCGCUUUCCACCGUCUCCCCUCGAGUGUAAAUCAUUGUGAUAACGUUUGUGGCUCAAAUUAAUUACAAAUUAAAAAAAUCUACGGAACUCCACAACACACUCUGACGCUGUCUCCUUGAACGAGAGUACGGUUCGCUGCGCUCAAUUAUCUCGCUUACAACUGCGGGCGAUUCCUCACCUCUAGGAGGUUAUGCAGAAGCAGCCACGGCGGCGGAAGAGACAAUGGAGAAGCUAGAAGCCGCAGUGAAAAAAUCGGAGUUGAAGCAGAGGACUCUGCGCCAGGCGUACGACUGCGUCCACGCCCAAGCGAAGUCCCUCAUGUUCUUUUCCGGACAGUGGAAGGACCUGGAGGACCACUUGGAGUCCACGCGCCGAUCCGUCGAGGCUCGAUUCCGAGAACUCGAGCACCGCGAGGAGGAAGUCCGAGUCCGGGACGAGGAUUUGGAAGCCAGAGAGUCGAGUUUCCGCUCGGAGAUGCAGGCGAAAUCCAAUGAGUUGCAAGUGCUUCAGAAAUUGAUCGAAGCGAGAAAGGACGAGCUGAUCUCGCUCCAAUCGGUGAUUCAAGAGCUCAGCGAAGAGGUUGCUGUUCAGGAGAGGCGGUUGACGGAAGUGGAGGAUUUCGUGAGGGAGAAGGAGAGGGAGUGUGAGAUCAUCGAGGGGCGCAUUGAUGAGAGGACUAGAAAAUUGAAUUCGAUGGAGGCGAAGGAGCGGGAGGCGGCUGAGCGGUUUGAGGGAUUGAUGGACAAGUGCAACGCGGACAUUGAGUUGAAAGAGAGGGAGUUGGGAGAGAUUCUGAGGUCGAUCGAGGUGCGAAAAGCGGAGUUUGAUUUGAGCGGGGAGGAGCUGGAAUCGGCGUUAAGGUCGAUUGAGGAAUGUGAGAGGGAGUUGAGAGCGAAAGCGGCCGACAUUGAGCUGAAAGAGAGGGAGUUGGGAGAGAUUCUGAGGUCGUUCGAGGCACGAAAGGCGGAGUUUGAUUCGAGCGGGGAGGAGCUGGAAUCGGCGCGAAGGUCGAUUGAGGAAUGUGAGAGUGAGUUGAGAGCGAAAGCGGCGGACAUUGAGUUGAAAGAGAGGGAGUUGGGAGAGAUUCUGAGGUCGAUCGAGGCGCAAAAGGUGGAGUUUGAUUUGAGCGGGGAGGAGCUGGAAUCGGCGUUAAGGUCGAUUGAGGAAUGUGAGAGGGAGUUGAGAGCGAAAGCGGCCGACAUUGAGCUGAAAGAGAGGGAGUUGGGAGAGAUUCUGAGGUCGAUCGAGGCGCGAAAGGCGGAGUUUGAUUUGAGCGGGGAGGAGCUGGAAUCGGCGCGAAGGUCGAUUGAGGAAUGUGAGAGGGAGUUGAGAGCAAAAGCGGAGGAAAUCGAAUUGAGGGUAGGAAGGAUUAGGGAAAUGGAUUUGAAAGAGAGUGAUUUGGGUUUGCUUGAGAAUGCAGUGGAGGAGUGGAGUUGUGAGCUUCAAUUGAGAGAGAAAGAGCUCGAAAAAUCGAAAGAAGAAGGCGAAAAGUAUUUAGAUAAAGUCUCCAGGGGACUUCAAGGGAGAGAGAUCCAGCUACAAAGGAAGGAGAGCUUACUGCAGAGGAAAGAGAGCCAACUUCAGCAGCAGGCCAGAGAGCUUGCACUGAAACAUAAAGAAUUGAUGAAGGAGAUCGUUGAAGAACACACCGAAACUCUGAAGUCGACAGAGAGGCAAAUUGAAGAUCAGGCCAAAGAGAUUGAGUUGAAGCAGAAAGAAAUUGAUUCUAUAAAAAAAUCCGCCGAGGAACGUACCCAAAACCUGAAAUCGAAAGAGGGCCAACUUGAAGACAGGGCCAAGAAGCUUGAGUUGAAGCAGAAGGAAUUGGAUUCGAUCAAAAAAUCCGCUGAGGAACACACUGAAAACCUGAAAUCAAAAGAGAGGCAACUCGAUGACAAGGCCCAAGAGCUUGAAUUGAAGCGGAAGGAAAUCGAUUCAAUGAAAAAAAUGGCUGAAGAACAAGCUGAAACCCUGAAAUCAAAAGAGAUGCAACUCGAAGAGCAGGCAAAGGAGCUGGCAUUGAAGCACAAGGAAUUAGAUUCGAUUAAAAAAUCCACUGAGGAACACGCUGAAAACCUGAAAUCAAAAGAGAGGCAACUCGAUGACAGAGCCCAAGAGCUUGAAUUGAAGCGGAAGGAAAUCGAUUUAAUGAAAAAAUCCGCUGAAGAACAAGCUGUAACACUUAUAUCUAAAGAUAGGACACUCAAAGACAAGACGAAAGAGCUUGCAUUGAAGCAGAAAGAAUUGGAUUCGAUCAAAAAGGCAGCUGAAGAUCACACCGAAACCCUGAAUUCGAAAGAGAGGGCACUCGAUCAAGAGAGGAAAGAGCUUGCAGUGCAGCAGAAAGAAGAUUCGAUCGAAGAAUUGGAAGGUACCCUUGCCAGCAAAGCAGAUCAUUCUCCCGCAAGUAACGAAUCCAGCAUCGAUUCGGAUGGUAGAGGUCAGAAACGCAGUACCGCCACUUUUGACUCCGGGUUCCGACCGCAACAACAGCGCAAAAAGAAGGUUCGUCGGACAUACGAAUCAGCUGUUCCACUGCCAGCCUUCGACCCAGGCUAUCCUCCGCCAUCUGAAUCAGCUAUUGCACAUUAUCGAGAGCGAAAUUACACCCCAGUAGGCUAUCCAUCUCGGCAUUACAAAAAUGGCGGACACCUCCUACACGCCAUCCAUACUUUUGGUCCGGAUCCGGGAAUACAUUACCGGCCGCAUCCGUACUUUCCCGGCCCUCCUCCUACACGCCAUCGCGGAUAUGUUGGUCGGACUUUGUUGUAAAUGCUCUGGGCAUAGUUUGACUAGUUUUGAAAUAUAACUUUUAACUUUUGAUGUAUAAAAAAUAAAAACCUUGAUUUUGGAGAGACUGUUAUUGCUUA